AUGCCCUUCGGCUUCUGUAAUGCAACAGCUACCUUUCAAAGGUGCAUGAUGCAUAUUUUCUCUGAUCUAAUAGAGGAGAAGGUUGAGGUAUUCAUGGAUGACUUCUCAGUCUAUGGAUCCUCAUUCUCUUCAUGUUUGUCAAAUCUUUCUCAAGUCUUAAUAAGAUGUGACGAAAGAAGCCUUGUUCUGAAUUGGGAAAAGUGCCACUUCAUGGUACAAGAAGGGAUAAUGCUUGGACACAAGGUAUCAGAGGCAGGCAUUGAGGUGUACAAAUCAAAGGUUGAGGUGAUGGUCAACUUAGAGGCUCCAAACACAGUGAAAGGGAUCAGAAGCUUCUUGGGUCAUGCAGGGUUCUAUAGGAGAUUCAUCAAGGAUUUCUAUAAGAUUGCAAGGUCAUUGACUAGGUUGCUGUGUAAAGAUGUGGAGUUUCAGUUUGAUGGUGAGUGUGAAGAAGCUUUUAAGAGGAUCAAGGAAGCUCUCAUCAGUGCUCCUAUAGUCCAAGCCCCAUAUUGGACUUUGCCUUUUGAAGUAAUGACUGAUGCAUCAGACUAUACUGUGGGAGCUGUCUUGGGGCAAAAGAAGGAUAAGAAGCUGCAUGUCAUAUACUAUGCAAGCAGGACUUUGGAUUCAGCUCAGGAAAAGUAUGCUACUACUGAAAAUGAAAUGUUUGCCUUACUAUUUGCCUUUGAUAAAUUCAAAAGCUAUUUGGUUGGCUCAAAGGUUGUAGUCUACACAGAUCUUGCAGCUCUUAGGUACCUAAUGACCAAGAAAGAUGCCAAGCCAAGGCUUUUGAGAUGGGUGCUUCACCUACAAGAGUUUGACAUGGAAGUCAAAGAUAAGAAGGGCAUAGAAAAUGGUGCAGCUGAUCACCUUUCAAGAUUAUGGGUGGAUUCUGAAAUCCCCUUGAAUGACUCAUUGCCUGAAGAGAAACUCAUGGUGAUCAAGUCUUAUUGGGAGAUUGAGCAAUCUAAAACCAUCAGAGAAAGGGGCUUACCUUGGUUUUUUUACAUUGUUAACUAUCUUUCUUGUGGUGUGGAGCCACCAGAGUUGAAUGCUUACCAAAGAAAGAAAAAUUUCAAGGAUGUGAAAAGGUACCACUGGGAUGAGCCAUACUUGUAUGUGCUCAACAAAGACCAUUUGUAUAGACGAUGCUUGGUUGAGGAGGAAGUGCAACCAGUUCUACAAGAGUGCCACGGUUCAGCAUAUGGAGGGCAUCUAAGAGCAUUCAAGACUGUUGCUAAGGUACUCCAAUCAGGGUUUUGGUGGUCAUCCAUGUUCAAAGAUGCACAAAGUGUAGUUUCAAGCUAUGUCCCUUGCCAAACACAUGGCAACAUCUCAAAAAGGAAUGAAAUGCCUCAGAACCCCUUCUUUGAAGUUGAGUAUAUCCUAGAGGCUAUGGACUAUGUGUCCAAAUGGGUAGAAGCCAUUGCUUGUCCUACAAAUGACUCUAAGGUUGUGUGCAAGCAGUUUAAAAGCAUCAUCUUCCCAAGAUUUGACAUACCAAAAGUAGUCAUAAGUGCUGGUGGUAGUCAUUUCAUAAACAAGACCUUGGAGGGGCUGCUUAGAAAGCAUGGAGUCAAGCAUAAAAACAGCCUUCAAGACCCCAUAGGUACUUCACCUUUAAAUCUACUUUAUGGGAAGAGCUGCCACUUACCUGUAGAGCUAGAGUACAAGGCUCUAUGGGCUGUUAAACUGCUAAAUUCUGACAUCAAGACUGCCAAGAGAAGAGGCUUCUCCAGCUACAUGAGGUCAAGGUGGUCAGGUCCAUUCAAGGUUCUUCAAUUGAGAAGUUAUGGUGCUUUGGUGCUUGAAGGAAAAGAUGGCAAAGAUGACAGAAAUAACAGCUGCCUUGGCCCAAAAGAAGGAGGUUCAGAAGAAGGAGAACAAGGGUACAGUAAGGCCUCAGAAAAGCCUGGUAGAACAAGCAAGACCAACAAAAAGGUCACCAAGAAAAGUGAUGGUGAGCCGGCUGCAAAGAGGGAAAAGAACACUGAGCUUGCCCUUGUUGUUGUACCUGAUCCAAAAGGCAAGGGAAAUCAAGUGGCUAUAGCUUCUGAUGACGAAAACACAGAAAGUGAUGCUGAGAGAGAGCUAACUCUUGAACCGGCUCCUAAAGGUGCUCAAGAAGCCAAGAAGAAAGACAAAAAAGGCUGA